UUUCUUCUCAAAAAAGGAUUCCUAUUUUCUGUUUUAACAGUUGUUAUUAUUUUUUUCUCUUAUGGGUUUACUAGAUUCUUGUCUAGAUUUAUGUCCCCUGGAUUUACGCGGAUUCUUCUGUUUCCAGUUUAGUUUUUUUCUUACAAUUUAAGACAAAUUAAUGAUCUCUUGCCACAAGAAGAAAAAAAAAAAAAAAAAAAACUUCCUUGCUCUCUCUUGCACGGUUCAGUUGGGAGCAAUAAAUUUUUGAAAUUUAAAGAGUGUGAAUCUUGAGGUUUUUUUUAGUGAUCUGAAAGUGAUUUUUUUUAGGACAGAGGUUGUCUGAAAAUUUAGUAGACCUGAAGAUGUCGGGGUCGGAGACAGGGGUGAUGACAAGCAGAGACCCUUUUAGUGUGACAGGACUGCAAUAUAAAACUGAGGUACCGUCACAGCCGGUCAUACAAAACAUGCGUUUAGCCUUCAGUGCUGACGGUGCUGCUGUUUAUAAACCGAUAACCUCCGCGACUACCACUACGGCGGCGUCACCUACCUAUCAGCCUGGUGGGGUGGAAGGAUCGGCUGUUGGGGCCUCGGUAUCUCCUCACUGGAUUAAUGUAGGAGGGAGUGGAGGAGAUCCAAUGAAAAGAAAGAGAGGUAGACCAAGGAAGUAUGGGCCAGAUGGCACUAUGGCAUUGGCUAUUGCGUCUGCACCUCAGUCUGUUGCUGUAACCCCACUAACAAGUUCUGGUCUCUCUUCUCCUCCAGCUCAGGCUCAGGUUCAGCCUCUUGUUCUUACUCCAUCUCCUGGGUCUGAUGUUGGUGUCGCUGGUCCUGCUGUUGCUCUCGGAGGAUCAGUGUCGCCUACUGGGGUAAAGAAAGCCAGAGGCAGACCUCCUGGUUCUAGCAAAAAACAGCAACUUGAUGCUCUCGGAUCAGCUGGGAUUGGAUUCACGCCACAUGUGAUCACUGUGAAAGCUGGGGAGGAUGUCUCGUCGAAGAUUAUGUCAUUUUCUCAGCAUGGUCCAAGGGCUGUUUGUAUCUUGUCAGCAAAUGGUGCCAUAUCCAAUGUUACUCUUCGCCAACAGGCCACAUCUGGAGGAACUGUAACUUAUGAGGGAAGAUUUGAAAUUCUGGCACUUUCUGGUUCAUAUCUGCCAUCAGAAAAUGGGGGUCAAAGGAGCAGGACUGGAGGUCUAAGCGUGUGUUUGUCUGGCCCAGAUGGUCGGGUGCUAGGUGGUAGUGUGGCUGGUCUUCUAAUGGCUGCAGCCCCAGUACAGGUAGUUGUGAGUAGUUUCAUUGCAGAUGGUCGCAAGGUAUCAAAGUCAGCAAACCACAUGGAACCUUCAUCUGCAACAUCAAAGCUUCCCCCAACUGGUGGAUCGACUGGGGUGAGCAGCCCACCGUCACGUGGGACUCUCAGUGAAUCGUCAGGUGGGCCUGGUAGUCCACUGAACCAGAGUACUGGAGCCUGCAAUAACAACCCACAAGGCAUAUCAAACAUGCCAUGGAAAUAAAUCCUUUUAGCUUUUUGACUAAUUAGUGUAGUAGUACGCGUGGACUCUAAAGAGGUUCCGAGUCCCAUUUGUAUUUUAAGUCAACUGUUAGUUAAAUAAGACUAGAGAAUGUUUUCUUGCAUAGUAGCACUGCUUGCUGGAUAGUGCUAAUGAGGUAGCGAGGCGUUUCCAUUCCUGAGGUUGUGUGAAGUCUGAGAAAUGUUCGUGCUUUGAGAAAGCUUUUGAUUGAGAUGAUUAGUUUGACUUGUAUUGACUUACUAGUAGUAGGCCAUUUCUUGCUGCUGUUAUCGGAGCUCAUAUGCAAUAGAUAUUAAUCCUUGUUUA